CGCUACCAAUCUCUCCCUUUUAUUUCUCCUCGCCUCCACCCGCGCAUCUCCGGGCAGCUAAAAUCGUACCCUACCCUCGGUGGCCGCCGGCUCUGCCUCCCCGUAAUCCCAACGUUGCAGCAGGGAACCCGCCGUGAUGGGUUCUGCAUACCCGACGGGAGGAGACUGACCGGCGGAGAAUAAGGUGCUGCCGCAAUCUGCCGGGUGCCGGGCAAUGGGCGUCGCCGUGGGACAGAUGAAGCCGACGUCGCUGGGCAGCCGCCCCCGUCGAAUGCGGCCUUCGUAUGCCCCCUUCUCCGAGCCCUUCACUGAACGCCAGGCACAUGCCGCGCCGUCAUCCCCAUCCUGGCCGGCAGCGUGCUGUGCGUAGAAGCCCAUCCCUCCCUCCGUCCAGCUUUCUCCACCGAUCUGGCUCCAAUUUUUUUUCUGCUUCCUCUCCGUGUUCGCAAAUUCGUUUCUUCGUGAGGGUGAUCCAAGAUGGAAGUAUUUGGUGAUCGGGAUGAGCCGACCGAUCCUGAAUACAUAGAGGUGGAUCCGACCGGGCGGUACAUGCGCUACAAUGAGGUGUUGGGGAGAGGAGCUGUCAAGACUGUUUACAAGGCAUUUGAUGAGGCCGAAGGUAUUGAAGUUGCAUGGAAUCAAGUGAGCAUAGAUGAGCUGAUGCAGUGUCCAGAUAACCUUGAGAGGCUCUACGCGGAAGUUCAUCUACUGAAAUCUCUCAAGCAUGAAAAUGUAAUGAAGUUCUACAAUUAUUGGGUCGAUGAUCGAAAGAAGACAAUCAAUGUUAUUACUGAACUGUUUACAUCUGGCAGUCUUAGGCAUUACCGACGGAAACAUCCACGCGUUGAUUUGAAAGCAAUAAAGAAUUGGGCAAGACAGAUUCUUCAUGGAUUAGAUUACUUGCACAGCCACCAACCUCCGGUUAUCCACAGAGACCUGAAGUGUGAUAAUAUUUUUGUUAAUGGCAAUCAUGGACAAGUUAAGAUUGGAGAUCUUGGACUAGCUACAAUUAUGCUAACGCCUAAAGCAAGAAGUGUUAUUGGUACUCCUGAAUUCAUGGCACCUGAGCUAUAUGAUGAGAAUUACGAUGAACUGGUGGAUAUUUACUCCUUCGGUAUGUGCAUGUUGGAAAUGUUCACUCUUGAAUAUCCAUACAAUGAAUGCAAAAAUGCAGCUCAGAUUUUUAAAAAAGUAUCCAAGGGUGUCAAACCGGCUGCACUGUCCAAAAUUGUAAAUGCUGAAGUUAAGAAUUUCAUUGAGAAAUGUUUAGUUCCUGCUUCUGAGAGGCUGUCCGCGAAAGAACUAUUGCAAGAUCCAUUUCUUUGCCCCAAUAAUGCAAAUGGUUUUGCUAGCAUUACGGUUCCAUCAUCAAUUCCCGAAGCAGUACGGAUCUCUCCGGAAUCUUUGCACAUGGACGUUGAUACUCAUGAAUCUAUGUGUGCUAGCUCAGGCGAGAAAAAUGUCGUUGGGUCUCCACAUAAUUCCGUGUUGGAGUUCACGAGAACUAACAGAAAUACGGAACUCAAUCUAAAGGGCGAGAAAGUUGAUGAUAGUUCAGUCUCACUGGUUCUACGGAUUGCUGAUUUGUGUGGUCAAGCAAGAAAUAUCCAUUUCCUCUUCUACCUCGAAUCUGACACAGCUAUGUCUGUUGCUGCGGAAAUGGUUGAACAGUUGGAGCUAGCAGACUGCGAUGUUACUUUCAUUGCUGAUUUUAUUGACCUUCUGAUAGUCAAUCUUGUUCCUGGUCGGAAACUGGCAAAUGAUGCAGCGAUGAGUCCAUAUGUGGAAUCUAAAACGUGUGGAAGUGAGCAAGUAACUAUUUCCCAGAAGAACCCAUUAGAGAUGCCACCUGAUUUUGUGUUAGUUCAAAGUACAAUGCAUCCUAAAGAUAUCAGUGCAUCGCCGAAUAAAUAUCUUGAAUCUGUCUUAAGUGCAACUAACCUAGAGGGGCCAAAGUGCUCUGAGGGAUCGGACUUUUCUGCGCAGCUUGCUGGGAGUUCUGAAAGUCCGAGCUACGAUGGCACUGGUGACUGUGGGACUAUGUACUGUGGUGGGUACAAAGAGGGAAUCCACAAACUAGACUGCAACCAUGUUCUAGGUGAUGGGUCAAGGAACAUUUCGAUUUUCCAUAUAGAUGAAGCAUCACCCCCUUCGGAGCUGGUGAGUGGUUGCUCGUCAAUUUCCAUUACCGAUAGUCAAGAUGUGCUGAAUGGGGAGCUUGAUUUGAUUGAAGUUGAGUACAAAGAUUGGUUUGAUGAAUUAGCAAGGAUGCGGGAAGAAGCUAUGGAAGGAGGACAGGAGAAGUGGUUACAAUAUAAUGAUGUUUAAGUUCGAGUAUCGUGUGUGUCUUGUCUGAAACAUCAUCGGAAUGUCUUUAGAUGUUCCUCUGCCUCCUGCUUCUACAGUUUUUUUUUUGGUCAUGCAAAUGUGAGUUAUAAUAAUCGGUAGGAUCAUUGUCAUCGAUGUAGAUUUGCACUGUUGCCCAGUGCGUUUAUAAUUAGUUAGUUCUUUACUAGCUCUGAGUUUUCCGAGCAUUACAACUUUGAUGUAUCAUCGGGAAAACGCAACUGUUGUAGAUACACGGCUGCAGAAGUUUUCAGUAUUGGAAUGGAUAUUGCAGCUGAAACAUUC